AUGUCUUGGGUGAAAGACCUCAACAUUAUCUACGAAGCCCUGAACGCAGAGAAUACGAUCUCAGAAGGAGAUGUCAUCACUGGUGCGGUUCUCUUCAACUCCACGAGUGAGAUAAAAGUGAAGAGCAUUUCUGUGAAAGUGAAAGGCGAGGCGCGAGUCAGGUGGACAAGCAAGAAGGGCAAAGAAUCGGUCACUCACAAGGCAAAUCACAGAUAUUUCAAAGUCAAACAGUAUCUCAUCGCGCAGCAAAGCAAAGCCACAGUACUUCCCACUGGCUCACAUCGCUUAAAUUUUACUGUCCAAAUCCCAGAAGGGGACUUCCCAUCCUCCUUUCAUGGAGACUACGGAAACAUUGUUUACACAUUGGAAGCCAAAGUUUCAAGGAGUUGGCUUUGGCCAUCGAGGAUGAAAACCCAACUGAAUUUCGUGUCCAAGUCUUACGCACUACGUGGAGGAAUGAGGUGUCUGCAGAGCGGUACUGUUGAUCAAAAGGCAGGGAUCUUCUCCAAAGGUCGGGUCAACAUGAGUGCGACGGCCGACAAAAAAUGUUCUCCAGGUGAAACACUUUCUGUCGUUGCCAACAUCAACAACACGUCUUCCAAAAAAGUAACCCCGAAGUUUAACUUACGACAGGUGACUGACUACAAAGCUCAGGGCCGCGCUUUAACCGUCAUCAAAAUUCUCGGUAGUGGUGCCGGAAACCCAAUCACAUCGGGCACUGAAGGAAGUGUCAUGUGUCAAGUCCAAAUUCCAGAAAAUGCCUUGUGUUCUAUCUACAACUGCUCAGUCAUCUCGGUUCAGUACACCAUGCAGGUAUGCUUGGACAUCAAAUUUUCGUUCGACCCAACCGUGAUUUUACCCUUGGACAUUUUGCCUGCAAAGUUCCUCUGCCAACGGGUUGACAGCGACUUCGGUCUGUACCCAGCCGCACCUCCAGGAGGCCACCUUCAGUUCCCCAGCACCAGUUUCUCCACUUGCCCCGCACCCUACCCAGGCUGUUCUGGAGCGUAUGGUUACCCACCACCAAUGAGUCAAUGCCCACCACCAUACAGUUUCCCAAGCGACCCCCGGGCCCCGUCUGCUCCAUACCCAGCUGAACAGGGAAGUGGACGCCCAGGACUUUAUGUCCUUGAAUAAUGAAGACAACAGUGUUGAGGGGUGUCAAACGGAUACAGUAGCUUCACCAGUCAUGUGCCAGUUGAAACAAGCAGCACCAGACUGACGCUGAGAAGGUGUCCUCUUGAUAGGCUGGAACAAAAUCUUGCACCCACUGUGGCCCUCUGAGGACCACAGCAGUCCUUCUCAAAUAGUCAGGAACAUGCUUUUUUGCCGUACUACAAUGAAGUGUAAUGCUUAGUUAUUCUUUAUUGUAAGUUGAUCUGUAUCACUCCUUUUUUCUUUUCUUUAAUGUUAAUAAGGAUACAAUGUUAUGCAGAGGUGUGCUUUACUUUUAUAGACAAAUGAUACUUUCAUGGCGUGAAACGUUUACUUCUUCCUGCUGAGGGCGCAACAGAAAAAGAUUGAGAAGCACUGCCUUAGAGGUUGAAUAUAGAAUGAUUGAAUGUAGAUAAUGGUGUAAUAUUGUCAGAAUGUUCUCCAUAUUGUUACAGCGUAACCUUGCAGGAAAAUCUUUCAAUGUAUAAUAGUGAAAGGUCAACAGAAAUUGUCUUCCCUGCUUAUCACUGAUAUACAUGUAUAUACUGUUCAGUCUUUCUGAUAGGUUUUAUGACAUUUAAAAGUGUAAACAAAUGCUGUUGCAUUGUGUGUGCAACCCUCCUACAGGGGGCAGCGUGGGUAGAGAGUCGGCUGGUUCGCAGUCUCCUGCCGUGCAGACUUAGUUUAUUCCAGAUCUAGUUGUCAUGGGUCAACAGCGAAGAAGUCAAAGUACUGACACAUUAAAUAGAGACUGGACCGAGGGCGUCUCAAAUCCUCUACACCAUUCAAUACACAAUAUCACACAAACACAUGACCAUAUUUAGUAUAGCAGGCUGUUCAAUUACUGGAAGUGUUAAGUGCUUUCUCUGAAUUCAGGACGUACUUGGAAACUUGGCUGAAGACUGUUUAUGCAAAAGAAAAUGUUAUCAUGAUACGGAUCAAGUCCAGCAUGAGACAUCCUGGGGACCGGCCACCCACUGAUCGAGACAUGUGAACUCCGUCAGUCAAAUAACUGAUUACAACUCUUCCAUAAUUCUCCAACUGAAAACGUAUUCCUCUGACUUAUGAAACAGAAGCCUUCUGAGCUACAUUUGUGUAACUUUCUUCUUUUUGGGCUGCGACCUGUCCGAGCUACGCAGGGUGAUGCCAGAGGACAGACACCUUUUAACAUAUCAA